ACAAUUGUUUUUCUCAUAAUGGGUAGGAGCUGGCGUUGCCAUACUAUGUCUUAAUAUAAACAAAUAAUGACCGAUUUAUACAUAGUGAAUGCGCAUCGAUGAUAAUUUGAAGAGGUAAAAGAACAAAAUCGUCAUACGUUACUGAUACACGAUGAUAGGUAAAUUAAAGGCAAUGGUGAAGAAAGCUUCUAUCAGCGAAACAGAAGGCGGUUCAACAAUGGGGCCUAACCUCAGACGAAUGUCUCAUUUUUCCUUUGGACGCAGGCCAUCAAUGGCAUCACGUGGCAGUAUAUCUGGUACGUCAUACACAAAACCACCGGGGCCAAAGGUCAGAUACGAAAAUACAUACAGAUACACACCUAAAGAUGGAGAAAAAUUCAAAUCAUCGAAAGCAAAAGAAAUCUUAAAGGACGUCGUGACAACAUAUAUAAACAAAAAUGAAACAUAUGACCCAAAUAUGUGUAAAAAAUCAGCACCGACCAUGUGUGACAUUAUACAGGAGAAGCUAAAGGAUUUGCAAUUCCCUCGGUAUAAGUAUGUUGUACAAGUUUUAAUGGGACAAAGUUCUGACCAGUGUUUACGGAGUACUAGUCGUUGUUUAUGGAAUACUAACACAGAUGACUUUGCUGAAUUCCAUUAUUCUGUGAAUGACAUGUUUGUAAGUGCAACAGUGUAUGCCGUGUUUUUAGAAUGAAUAGGAAAAUAUUCACAUUCGAAUAUUUGUUAUAAAUUUUUUAAUGAAUUUAACAAGCAUUAGAGUUGAUUUCAUAAAAAUAUGAAAACAGUUUAAAUUACAUUGUUAUACAUUCAUUCUUGCUUGUAAUAUUUCUGUAUGUGAAUAAACAUCAUCAACAUGA